CCUCAGGCCGGAAGCGUCAUGGGACUCCGGAAUCACGUGGUACACAGGCGCCAAAGUCCCAAGUUAAAGAAAUAAAGACAUGGGGUUCCUUAUCCUGCACCUUUAAAAUUGGACUUGGGAAGUUGGGCUCUGCCUUACAGAUCAUUUUUCGGUCUGUUUCAGGUCGGCGUGCCCCGCUGUUAAGGUGAUCGCCGUUUUCUCCGCAGUAACUAUAAUGGGUUUCUGCCUGGUUAGCCCACUUCCGCCCGUGUGCAAGAUGGCGCUCGAGCGUUCCUGACCUUUACCGGGUUGGGCGGUGAUUGCAGUCUGAGCGAGUAGGGGGUGGAGCGGUUAGUGAACGGCAAAUGCAGAAGCUGCUGUGCGGGAGUCAGCGAUGGACUGGAAAGAAAUUCUUCGCCGGCGGUUAGCGUCGCCCAGCACAGGAAAAAAAAGUGAACAAGAAUUAAAAGAUGAAGAAAUGGAUUUGUUUACCAAAUACUACUCAGAAUGGAAAGGGGAUAGAAAAAGCACAAAUGAAUUCUAUAAGACCAUUCCCCGGUUUUAUUACAGGCUGCCAGCUGAAGAUGAAGUCUUACUACAGAAAUUAAGAGAGGAAUCCAGAGCUGUCUUUCUGCAGAGGAAAAGCAGAGAACUGUUAGAUAAUGAAGAAUUACAGAACUUAUGGUUUUUGCUGGAUAAGCACCAGACACCGCCUAUGAUUGGAGAGGAAGCAAUGAUUAAUUAUGAAAAUUUUCUAAAGGUUGGUGACAAAGCUGGACCAAAGUGCAAGCAGUUUUUCACAGCAAAAGUCUUCGCAAAACUCCUUCAUACAGACUCUUAUGGAAGAAUUUCUAUCAUGCAGUUCUUCAAUUAUGUCAUGAGAAAAGUUUGGCUUCAUCAGACAAGAAUAGGACUCAGUUUAUAUGAUGUUGCUGGACAAGGAUACCUUCGGGAAUCUGAUUUAGAAAACUAUAUAUUGGAACUAAUUCCUACUUUGCCACAAUUAGAUGGGCUGGAAAAGUCUUUUUACUCCUUCUAUGUCUGUACAGCAGUUAGGAAAUUCUUCUUCUUUUUAGACCCUCUAAGAACAGGGAAGAUUAAAAUUCAAGAUAUUUUAGCAUGCAGCUUCCUAGAUGAUUUAUUGGAGUUAAGGGAUGAGGAACUGUCCAAGGAGAGUCAAGAAACUAAUUGGUUUUCUGCACCUUCUGCCCUAAGGGUAUAUGGCCAGUAUUUGAAUCUUGAUAAGGAUCACAAUGGUAUGCUCAGUAAAGAAGAACUCUCCCGCUAUGGAACAGCAACCAUGACCAACGUCUUCUUAGAUCGUGUUUUCCAGGAGUGUCUCACUUAUGAUGGAGAAAUGGACUAUAAAACCUACCUGGACUUUGUUCUUGCAUUAGAAAACCGAAAAGAACCGGCAGCUCUGCAGUAUAUUUUCAAAUUACUUGAUAUUGAGAACAAAGGAUAUCUGAAUGUCUUUUCACUUAAUUACUUUUUUAGGGCCAUACAGGAACUCAUGAAAAUCCAUGGACAAGAUCCUGUUUCAUUUCAAGAUGUCAAGGAUGAAAUCUUUGAUAUGGUUAAACCAAAGGAUCCUUUGAAAAUCUCUCUUCAGGAUUUAAUCAACAGUAAUCAAGGAGACACAGUCACCACCAUUCUAAUCGACCUGAAUGGCUUCUGGACUUAUGAGAACAGAGAAGCUCUUGUUGCAAAUGACAAUGAAAACUCUGCAGACCUUGACGAUACAUGAUCUCUCAAAGACGAGACUGUGUUCAUUAAGAUAAGCUUGAAUGCUGCACACAAAACCUUUCAAGCACAAUCCUUAGAAAUGGCCUAAAUAAAACACUUUAUAUGCCUAUAGAACACAACAAAUGUUCUGGUUAUUGGAAUUUUGGUUGCAGUAGUUUGGAAACAAUAGGACCAAAUACGGUUUUAGGACGUAUUAAAUUCUUGUUGCACUUAGCUCAAAUAUAGCAAGUGUGAUUUGAUAAAGGUAGGAAUCCACUUUAAAUAUGUAUAAUCUUUAGAUAUAAAGGAAGUUAUCAUGGGAUAUUUCUGACAUUAGACAUUAAGACAUUAAAUAUUUGAGGGAUAGUUUAUAUGUGGUCAUUUAACCUCAAGUCUUCUAAAAGUAUUCCCUGUAUCAGAGAUUAUAAACUUCCCAUUCAUUAGAAUAGAGCCAUUUCAUUUCUGGGUUAGUAGUGUUUGGAGAUGA